AUGGGGAAAUUACCAACGAUCCUUUUACUGUGCUUUGGGAGCACAGUUGCCACCCAAAAUGGAACCCUUUUCGGUAUAUCGCCUUUCGGACCCAUAAUCGGCGUGCCGGUUAGCCCUGCUCCUUCAAGAUUUUGGCCCGGGGGACGCGUCGCGUACCAAAUCGAUGCUAGUUUCGAUUCCACAGAUCGUGCCACUUUGGCCGCUGCGAUUGCCGACUAUCACGCCAAGACGUGUAUCCGGUGGGUCCAGGCGAACGAGGCGGCGCACGUGGUCUUCAUCCGGAACAGGGCGGGAAGCGGGUGCGCCUCUACUGCUAGUUGUUACACAGGGGGGAGAACGACUGCGACAUUUGAAACGUGUGUCAGUCGAGAAAAAAUGGUUCAUGAAAUGGGCCACGUCCUAUGUUUUGGCCAUGAGCAGAAUAGGAAUGACAAAGCGGGGUGGAUCUAUGAUUGUGGCACGGAAAAAUAUGAGCAUUUGAACUUUGGUCAUUUAUACGACUAUAUGAGCAUAAUGCAUUAUGGGUGUUGGUCAUGCAUCGCCCCGACGAGGGAAGGGGUGUCUCUGGAUCAGUGCGAGUCACGAGAUGGUCUCUCCAUCUUGGACGCGGAAAAGAUUAAUGACAUGUACAACUGCGGGGGCUGCCAAUCCUACCGUUUCAGGUUCCCCCAUAUGCUCAGCGGCACCACAAACGUGGUCCUUGGCGGGUCAGAACCCUCCGGCGAGCCGUACUACGUCUGUCGGGCAUUUGUCAAGGGGGAAAUCGUGUCGGGCAAAAGCGUCGUGCGAGGAGGGGUUUGGAGUUGCUGGGUCCCUCACGGCGGGUCAGAGUAUGGGGUCCCGAACCAGGAGGAAUUUGAAGUGCUGACGAAUCCCGCGAACGUAAAUUUGCGCUGGGUCGCAGGUGGGGGUGGGGCCGUUCCAGGGAAUGCGAUUGCCUCGGGACGAACUGCGAAUGGUGAACCGGUUUAUGUUUCUCGAUGUCGAGCAAAUAUUAACGGACAGUUGGUCAAUAUUCCGGGCAAGGUGUAUAAAAGUCGGGCAGGAGAGGCGUUCUACCCAUACGGCGGGGCGGAGGUGAAGUGCACCGUUUUCGAUGUGCUGGUUUGUGGAUGAGAAUUUUAGGGACGUCAUUACCGUAAAUAUUCUUGAGGAUGAAAUACACAUAAAUAAAUCAUCUUUAGAAUAAAUA